CUCACAUCCCUAUAAAAAGCAAGCAACUCUACUGGAGACAAAAGAAUUACUGAAGCUUCCUCUAAGUAUUAGCUGAUCCUAAAAUUAUUCUGCUGCAGAAUUGCAUUUGCCGUAAUGGAUCUUCCAGUGUGUCUGAUAGAAAAUCAGGAAGAAAACAAGCUUGUUGUAAACCAGAAAGCUCUGCAGAUUCUGGAUGAUAUUAACCAACCUGUAGUUGUGGUAGCAAUAGUGGGGAAGUAUCGAACUGGAAAAUCCUACUUGAUGAAUAAACUUGCAGGACAGAGAAAAGGUUUUGCACUGGGAUCGACAGUUGAGUCAAAGACAAAAGGUAUCUGGAUGUGGUGUGUUCCACAUCCCACUAUGGAUGGCCAUACCUUGGUGCUUCUGGACACAGAGGGUCUGGGAGAUGUUGAGAAGGGAGAUAGUAAGAACGAUGCAUGGAUAUUUUCCUUAGCUGUUCUGCUAAGCAGCACUCUAAUUUACAAUAGUGUGGGGACCAUUGAUCAACAGACCAUGGACCAACUGCAAUAUGUGACAGAACUCACUGAGCUCAUAAAAGUGAAGUCACCUUCACAAAAUGCUGAAGAAAAUGAUGGGUCUGACUUUAAGAGAUUCUUCCCAUCAUUCAUCUGGUGUGUCCGUGAUUUUACUUUAGUUUUGGAGAAAGAUGGGAAACCAAUUACAGAAGAUGAUUAUCUGCAGAACUCACUGAUGCUUAAGACAGGCAAUGGUAGAAAGAUUGUAGAGUACAAUCUGCCUAGGGAAUGCAUUCACAAUUACUUUCAUUCCCACAAAUGCUUUGUGUUUGAACGACCAGCAAACAAAGAAGGUCUGAACAAUAUGGAUCAUAUUCCAGAAUCACAACUAGAACCUGGUUUUUUAUGUCAGACAGAGAAAUUCCUGUCAUAUGUAUAUAAAAACAGCAAAAUUAAAACUCUUGCAGGAGGAUACCAAAUGAAUGGAAGAUUACUGGGGAAUCUUGCCGUGACUUACGUGGAGGCUAUUUUAAGUGGCUCAGUUCCUUGCAUGGAGAAUGCAAUAUUGACUCUAGCAGAACUUCAAAAUUCAAGAGCUGUGAAUGAUGCAAUAUCCAAAUACGAAAGCAAGAUGAACGAGAAAAUUGAUCAAUUUCCCACAGAAACACAAGAAGAUUUUUUUAAGCUACACCAAGAAAGUGAAAAAGAAGCUGUUAAAAUCUUUAAGAAUCAGUCUUUCAAAGAUGAAAAUCAAGAAUUUCAGGCUAAGUUUCUUGAAUUGCUUUUAGAGAAACAAAAAGAAUACUCCAAAUCCAAUGAGAUGGCAUCAAUGAAAAAGUGUCGUACUGUGAUCCAGCAGCUAAGUUUGAAUAUGGAAAAAAUGAUAAAAGAAGGAUAUUAUUCCAAGCCUAGUGGGCACAAAUGCUUUGAAGAAGAUAAAAAGAAUUUGAUUGAUGCGUAUGAUCAGGCUCAAAGGAAAGGAAUUAAGGCCCAAGAGGUUUUGCAGGAAUUCCUCAAAGAAAAAAAGAAUGUGGAGACAGCAAUUCUGCAAGCUGAUAAGUCCCUGUCAGACAAAGCAAAGCAGAUAGCAGAGCAAAGAGCUAAGGCAGAGGCUGCAAACAGGGAAAAACAGAUAUUGGAAGAAAGAAAGAACUAUUUAGAGAAACAAAUGGAGGAUGAGAAGAGGUCCUUUAAAGAACAGAAGGAAAUGCUGUUGCAGAAAAUAGAAGAAGAUAAGAAAAAGAUGAUAGCAGAAAAUGAAUGGCUCAUCAAAGAGAAACUAAAGGAACAACAAAUGAUGUUAGAUAAAGGAUUUAAAAGACAAUCUGAUGCAUUGUCCGAUCAGAUUAAUUCUCUGCGGAAGCAAAAUGAAGAAGCAUCCAAAGGCUCCAUUUUUGGUGAUAUCUUAACUGCAAUAUUACCUGGAGCACUGGGACAACUAUUAAACAGAGUGCUAAAAUAGAAUAUCUGCAACCCUAUCCAGGGCUGGCUCAAGACAUUGUGUUGCCUGGGUCCAAGAUUACAAUGACGCCCUCCAAUAAUAACAUUAUUGAUUAACAUAUUAACCUACUAGCCUGGCCACUGACAUUAUUAAGUUUGCCUACCUGCAUGCAACCAAUGCUUAUACACAAUUUCAGCAUAAGUGGGAAAGAAUUCAGGGGGUUGAUUCUGUGUCUUUUUGCAUUACCGCACAGAGACAGAAGACAGGGGUUUGACAGUGACUGACUCAGUCAAUAAAGUGCUGCCCCUUGUCAAGUGCUGCCUGGGUCCCUUGGACCCACUUGGUCUCAUGGUUGAGCCGGCCCUGGACCUAUCAAAGAAAUGUGUUUAAAAAAAAUACAAAAACAAUAAAAAUGUAUUAACUGCUACAUUGUGUUUGUGAUAUGACUGCAUUGUGGUAACAUUAUAUCAUGUGUAGAUGAAGAAUAAUUAGGAUGUUGAAAUGUUCCCUGCUAGUUUAAAAAAAUGCACAGUGGAAAAAGGCAUAUUUAGGAUUCCAAUGGCAACAAUUACAUCUGGAAGAGACACUGAAGUAGAACUUUAUUUGACCUAGAAAGAGAAAAGUGGUAAGGGUAAAGUAAUACAACUUUUGGUUUAAUAACUAUUCAGACAUACACUACUAAAUUAUACUCAUAACCUAGUAUUAGGUGUGCAUUUUUGUGUUGGUAAAAUGAUAGAAAGAUUAAUGCAAAUGUUUUAUUAGCUUUGUUUUAGUUUAUUGUGCCCCUUGCCCUUAGUUCCAGUGUAAACGCUGCUUAAGAAUAUUGUACUACACUUGUGUCACUAAAAUAAAGGAUCCAUUUGAAAUGA